GCUCAAUUAAUUCUUCAUACUUUAAGUUCAAAAAAGUGGUCGUUAUUUAUCUCCUCUUGUACACUAUCAUUUGAGAGAUGUGAAAUAGUUUUGGUGUAACUUUGUUUUACAUUUAUAUGUGCUUUAAAUAAUAUAAAGUGUGUUUUCAUUUAGAUUGCGAUAGAUAUCCAAAAUUAUUCUCGAACUUUUUAUUCAGUGUUGUGACUACAGAUAAUUAAUAACGUUUCCUUCCCUUCAAAACAAUCAAGAUGGAAUCUCGUCUUCCACAGCCAAAGAUAAAUUUAGUAAAAUCCAAAAGUACUUUAUCGACAGCAGGAAGUUCACAUCAUUUGAAAGCAAUAGCUUCGCAAAGUACAUCGAAUAUAACGAGUGCAACGAGAAUAGGAGACAAUGUGAAAAAUCCAACUAAAACGACAAACUUAAAUGGCAAAAGUAGCACUGAGAAUAAUCCACCGAAAGAAGUAGGAUUAAUUCGUUCAAAAACAAUGUCAACGAUAUUGAGACAAAGACCGACGCAGCCAAAAGCGCCUUUAAAAAGACUGGGAAAUGCUAUAAAUGCAAUUGAAGUGAAACGGCCAAAUAUUUCUCAACGAUCAACUGUUAAACCACCAACGACAUCAGUUGCUGCUGUAAAUAAUAAAGCACCAGGAAAAUCAGUAACGAAACCACCGGCAAAGCCAGCGACCAAACCUCCAGCAAAAUGGGAUCUCAAAGGCAGAUUAGCAUAUACUACAGACGAAUUAACAGCACUUAAGAGUAAAAAUAAAGAAAUGUCCAGCAAAUUUAUUGAAAUGGAGGAAGCUCUUCAGAAUGUUCAAGAAAAUGAAAAUACCUUUAAAGUUAAAAUUGAAGAAUUGGAAUGCUCCAAUGCGAAGUUGAAUCAAGAAUUUCAAAAAGCAACAGUUGAACGAGAAGAGUAUUACAAUGAAGCUGAAAAUUUAAAAAAAACACUUCAAGACUUGGAGACUUCUUACAAAAUUGCCACUGAAUCCUUAACCGAGUAUAAGGAGAGGUGCAGUAAACAAGAAAUAAUUUUAAAUGAACAAAAAAUAAGGUUGGAUAAAUGUGAAGAGGAACUGAGAAGUGAAAGAACCAAUAACACCAAAUUGACUUCGACAAAUGAAAAUUUGCAAAUAUUAGUACACAAUAUGGAUAAGGAACGAAGAAUUCUCCACAAUACUAUGCAAGAAAUGAAAGGCAACAUUCGAGUAUUUUGUCGAGUGAGGCCCACAAUUCCCAAAGAAGCUUCUAAAGGAUUAUGUCAUAUUAAUUAUGUCGACGAAUGCACCAUAGAAGUUGGACGAGGAGAAGGUGGUGAGAUUGGCUGUGGAGGUAAGAUACGUCAAUCUCGACAAGAUUUUCAAUUCGAUAAAGUCUUUCCACCCAACUCAAAUCAGUCAGAUAUAUUUGAAGAAUUGUCGCUUCUUGUUCAAUCAGCGUUGGAUGGAUAUAAUGUCUGUGUUUUUGCCUAUGGGCAAACAGGUUCGGGAAAAACAUAUACAAUGGAGGGAUAUCCCGGAGAAAAUAGUGAAGGAAUGAUACCAAGAACUGUGAGACACAUUUUCCAUGAAAUGAAACAAUUUGAAUUGCUCGGUUGGGAAUAUAAGAUCGAAGCAAGUUUUCUUGAAAUUUACAAUGAGCAUAUAGUUGAUUUACUGGACUCUCAGCCAAAAUUGCUUGAGAUACGAAUGGCUGACAGUAAAGGGAAUGAUUUGUAUGUCAGCAAUUUGCGAGUUGAGGAAAUUCACAGCCCGGAAGAAUUACACAAUUGUCUGCUGAUUGCUCAACAAAAUCGUGCUGUUGCCGCUACACAAGCCAAUGAGAGAUCGUCACGUUCACACUCGGUUGCUCGAAUUCGUUUAAUUGGCAGACAUACCCGAAAAGAUGAGAUGUCAAUAGGUAACCUGAAUUUGGUUGAUUUGGCCGGCUCUGAACGAUUGAAAGGAGAGGAAGCUGCGCGAACAACAGAGACGAAGAAUAUCAAUAAAUCUCUAUCGAAUCUUGGCAACGUAAUUCUCGCGCUUUUGAAAAAGCAGGAUCACAUACCCUACAGAAAUUCAAAGCUAACGCAUCUUCUAAUGCCAUCUUUGGGAGGCAAUUCCAAGACGCUUAUGCUUCUUAACAUUUCUCCUCUAGAUGAAUGUUACAACGAAACUCUCAAUUCGUUGCGAUUCGCCAGCAAUGUAAAUAACUGUAAAACUGGCACUGUCAGGAGAACCAAAAUGUUAAUUCAAAAUUCCCAAUAAUUUCAAUAAUUUAAUUUCUUUUCUACUGAGAAUUAUAUUUUCCAAGUGCAUAACGAUUA